AUGGGUGUUCUCCUCACCCAGCCCAUCGAAGAGUCUGCCAAUGGCAGAUCUAUCAGCGCUCCAAUGUCAGAUUCUCCUUUCGGCAGCAUACCAUUCAUAGAUCCUGUCCGCCGAGCGAUCGUUGAGAGGCAGCUGACAAGGAAGCUGGACGCACGAUGCAGUCCCUUCGUCCUGAUCUACGUCACCAACUACCUAGAUAGGAACAGUAUACCAGCAUCACGUCUCAAAGGCCUUCAGGAUGAUCUUGGAUUAAGUGACACCCAAUAUGCGACUUGUCUAGGUAUCUUAUAUCUUGGGUAUAUCCUAAUGCAGGUCCCAUCCAAUAUAGUGAUCAACCGCAUUCAGCGGCCGUCAUUGUACAUUGCCUGUGUAGUGCUGAUUCGGGGACCUAUAUCAAUACUGUCUGGAAGUACGUACAACUUUUCUGGCAUGUUCUUUGUGCGAUUCUUUCUCGGGAUCGUUGAGGCAGCCUUACUUCCCGGUGUCCUCUUGAUCCUAUCCAAGUGGUAUACACGCCGCGAACUCACCACGAGGACUGCGAUCCUCUUCUCUGGCAACUUGAUCUCCAAUGCCUUCCCAGCACUCAUAGCCGCUGGUAUCUUUUCCAAUAUGCAAGUAGCAGUAUUUAUCCUACCUGAUUUACCCCAUAACUCAAGCGGUUUCACAGAGGAGGAGAGACAGGUUGCACUGCUGCGUAUUAUUGAGGAUGUUGGAGGGGCUGACAGGGACUUGAAAGAGGAGGGCAUCUUCCACGGAUUCAAUUUGGCCAUCAGGGAUGUCAAGAUCUACAUCAUGAUGGUUACUUUUACAGCCUACGUCGUUGGUCUUUCCUUCAAUGCUUUCUUUCCCACUCUGACUGCGACGUUGGGCUUUGGAUAUGUUCCUACCCUUUUGCUGAGUUCGGCACCAUGGGUGUUCUCCUGCGUUGUGUCAAUCGUCAAUGCCUGGCAUGCUGAUAGAACUCAAGAAAAGUUUUGGCACAUCUCCGGCCCGAUUAUCGUCGGCAUGGCCGGUUUCAUCAUUUGCAUGUCGACCCUCAAUGUGGCCGCGCGAUAUAUUGCCCUCUUUCUACAGACAAGCUCUUAUGCCGGCUUCAUCGUCUUCUUCUCUUGGAUCUCCUCGUCUUUUCCACGUCCGCCGGCCAAGCGCGCAGUAGCUAUCGCGAUCAUCAACGCCUUUAGCCAGUUGGGUAAUAUUGCGGGUUCUUAUGUGUGGCAGCUCGAGGCGGACGGCUUCCGCAAAAGCUAUGGGAUAGUGCUCUCCAUGUUUGGCACUACAGUUAUUGGAUGUUGGGUCUUCCGUAUGAUACUCAUCAAUUCGAACAAGAAGCUCGAGGCUCGUGAGUCAGCUUUGGAGAUGAGGCAGAGUAACGGGACAGAUACAAUUAAGGUGGAGGCUCUGGAUAAUGCGGUUGAGGCGCCCACGAUGAAGGGCAACUUUCGUUACUUGAUCUGA